AUGAAAUUAAAUGCUGUUCCCUUACACUAUAUCAAUCUUCUUUCACAAUUAACAAUAAAAAAAUUCCACACUUAUGUAAGAAUCUCAAAUAGACAUAACACACAAUGCUAUUCAAGUAUUCCCCACAGAGUGCAUAUUUUGAGAAAAAGAUACAUUUCUAACGAAAAAUGUAUUCUAAAGAAAGCACAAAUUUCAACAAGAGCAUGUAUAUCAAAUAAGGAAAAAAACGGUGAUUCAGUUAAGCCCACUUACAGUAAUGAAGAAAGUGUAAAUUUUCUAACACAGCAUGAUGAUUCUAAACAUUUCGUUGUAAAAGAGAAGAAAGAAGAUGUUUUUAUUUCUCCUUCAGUAUGUGUGGAAGGAGGAGGAUGUAUUGGACAAUCACGUGAUUUGCACCUCGAUUUUGUUGCAGAGAAAAGAUCAACCAAAUGGAACCAAGAAACUCAAGAUGAAGUAUCAAUGGAAUGUAAGUCUGAAAAUGAAAGAACAGAAAAAAACCUAGAUGAAGAAGUGGUAAGAGAAUUACAUAAUUUAAUAAGGUCUAUUAAAAAAUUAGAUAAUAAGAAGAAACAACAAAUUAUGAAAUACAUUGAUACUUUAAAUAAAAAAUAUUUACAAAAUAUUGAAAAAGAUAUUAUAACAUUUUUUGAAAAUCUAGAUCAAUAUAUGGCUGCAAAUGGGCUAUUAAUGUGUGACCUUGGGGGAAAGGAAAUUUUUAAUCACAUCGAGAAAGUCUUUAUCGAUUGCAGUAAAAGGAACACAUCCGAUAUGUAUAUAAAUAACCUCUUUGAUUCGAACUUUAUAAGAGAGAAGAAACAAAAAUUAUAUGGAGACCACAUAUACCCAAUUAUUCAGGAUUCCCUUGUGGAGGAGGCACAAUGUGGCACUGAACGGAGAAGAGAAGGCAGAACUACUUGCCACAAUCCACAUGACAAUCCGCAUGACAAAACAGAUUGCACGGUGCACACCAGCACAGGAGUGCACUUCCCAAGAGACCAGAUUCUUAGCAUCGAAGGAGAGAGAGAAGAUGUGUGUGAGGAUUGUCCAGAUGAUGACUUAGUAAAUGUGCGUAGGCAAAUGCUGAUAGAACGAUGCUCAUACCACAAAGCCAUUGAAGAAGCUGAAGAAUUUGUUUCAAAUUUACACAAUUUAAAAAAAAUAACCGAAAUACAGGGGCUGUGUAAAAUAUAUCUCAACUGGGUUAACGAAUUAGAAAAAAAAAUUAUCAACUACAAGGAAAAGAAAAAAAAAAAUAAGCAGAGUAAGCAGAGUAAGCAGAAUAAGCAGAAUAAACAGAAGAAGAAGAAAAAAAUACAUAUAAAUGAAAAAAACAGCACUACCACUCGUAUAGGAAGUAGUGGAUACUGCAUAUUUCCAGAUAUGAUCGAAGAAAAAUUACUUGCUAUUAUCACUGUGAAGUGGACUAUUCAGUAUACUUUCAAUCCUUUGAGGAAAAAGUAUUCGAAUAAUGUGACAACACAAUCGAAGAAUUUUGAACAAGCUUAUGCAUACCAAUCGCUUUUUACACACAUCGCUAUUAAGAUUGGACAAGAAAUUAACAAUGAGUUGAACUUCCAACUGCUGGAGAAAAAUAAUCUGCUGUAUCGGUACGUGAAGAAGAACAAGGGCAACGCUUCUUUUUCUCAUUUCCAAAAAUAUAGGAUACUGAACGAUAUUAAGGAGAAGCUCAGAAGACACAGGCAAGCCCACCAGGAGGAGGUUCGACAAGCGGGAUCGGGGGCGGCUUCAGAAGCGGGAUCAGAAGCGGGAUCAGAAGCGGGAUCAGAAGCGGGAUCAGAAGCGGGAUCGGGGGCGGCUUCAGAAGCGGGAUCAGAAGCGAAUGAAUAUGCAAAAAGAACGGAUGAUGCUUUUCACUUUGUGCAAUGGAAUUCAGAGAAAAAAGCAGGAAUCGGGGGACUUUUGCUGGAAAUGCUUAUUGAUAGUGCAAAGAUGGAUGUGGAUUUAGAUGUAGCGAAGGAAGAAUACAAAAAUGAAUACAAGUAUUACCUAUUUUUGCAUAAAAUGGCCAAAAACUGUGGGGAAAAUUUGCAUGCAGAAUGCAAAUAUGAAAAGGAGCUAAAUUACCAAAAGUAUUAUGAAGAUGAGUCUAAUUCUUUGAAUUUUGUUAUCUCCGAUAGAGGAAAAAGUAGGUGUGUGGAAAACGUGGCAAAAGAUUCCAAGGAGGAUAGUGUUGAAAAUUGUGCUGAGAAUGAAAAUGACGGAAGAGAAAAAGAAAGAAAAAAAAAAAAAAAAGGGAAGAAAGGGAAGAAAAAAAAUAGUUCAAUUGAAGUGAAAACAAGUUUUCAAAACAACCAAACUGAUAAGAACAAUCUGAAUAUGCAGGAAACGGGGAAUACACACCCCAAAGGAGAGACAGAAGAAGAAGAAAAAAAAAAAGGAGUAGUGCGCGAAGGUAUUAAAAAGAAGAAGGGGAGAGAAAAUAAUUUUUGCAAAAAUCAAAAAGAGAAAUUGAAAAACAAAGAAAUAGUACUGUACCGAUCAAGAAGAGAUUUAAACAAAAUCGAACUCCCAGUGUUUAUCCACUCUUAUGUAUGGAAGAAUGGAAGUUGGUAUGGAGUAAUACAUAUGAGAGAAUGUUGUGCAAAUUAUUUGCUAAACAAUGCUAUAAAUUCACAUAUUCCAUUAAACCAUUUACCCAUGAUAUGUAAACCUAAAAAAUGGAGUCAAUCUGAAGGAGGAAUGAUAUUUUUAAAAAACAAUUUCAUCCGUUGUAAUAUUAAACCACUUUUUAAUUUAAAUGUUUGUAAUUUAGAUCGAAUUAAAAAUAUCGUUUCAGAAAUUGGAAACGUGAAAUGGAAAAUAAAUAAAGAAAUUUUACAUUUCAUAGAAUAUGCUUAUAUGAAUGGAAUUACAAUAGGAAAAAUACCUCUAAAUAAAAAUUAUACCUUACCGAAUGGUAAAAAAAUAGAAAUAAACAAAAAAAAUAAUGAAGAAGAAAUAAAGAAGUAUUAUUUGUUAAAGGAAGAAAUUAAUAGAUUGAAUAAAUGUCUAAUAAGUGAACGACCAACAUUUCUACAAAAAAUAGCUGUAGCGAAAACGUUAAAAAAUAGUAAGGUCAUAUAUUUUCCACAUAAUAUUGAUUUCCGUGGACGUAUGUAUCCCCUUUCUCCACAUUUACAUCACAUGAGUGAUGAUAUUUGUAGAAGUUUAAUUUCAUUUUAUAAUAAAAAGGAAAUUGGAAAUAGAGGAUUAUUCUGGCUCAAAAUACAUUUAGCAAAUAAUUUUGGAAAAGACAAAUUAAAUUUUGAAAAAAGAAUUCAAUGGGUUGAUCAAAAUAUUAAUAAUAUAAAACAACUCACACAAAAACCUUUCCAAAAUAUCGAAUUCUGGAAUACAGCAGAUAAACCAUGGCAAGCAUUGGCAGUUUCCAUAGAUCUAAUUAAUGCAUUACAAUGUUCUGAUCCAACAAAAUAUAGAAGUAAUAUCCCUGUACAGCAAGAUGGAACUUGCAAUGGACUUCAGCAUUACGCAGCUCUUGGAAGAGAUUAUGAUGGAGGUAAAGCUGUUAAUAUCAUUCCUUCUGAAGAACCACAAGAUAUUUACACUGUUGUUUUAGAUAUUGUAACAAGUAAGAUAAGAGCAGACUUAGAUGAUUAUGGAAUUUCAAUUGAAAAAUCGAACAAUGUAAACAAUUUUAAUAAUACUCCUCCUAGUCGAGUUAUAACCCCAGAAGGAAAAAGAGAUCUUGCUCAAUACUGCUUUCAAUUUGACCUCUUAAAAAGAAAGGUUGUAAAACAAACCAUUAUGACAAUAUGUUACGGUGUGACAUCCGUUGGAGCCAAAGAUCAAGUGAAUGGAAAAAUUCAGAACAUGAUUGGAAAAGUAUUAGAUAAGAAUAUGAUAAAUAAAUUAUCGCAAUAUAUAGCAAAUUACAUUUUCGAAUCGAUUAGCGAGAUAUUCAAAAGAGCAAUGAUCAUAAAAAAAUGGUUCAAUAAUUUAUCAAAAGUAACGAAUGAAUUAAACAUUCCAGUUACUUGGAUAUCACCCAUAGGUCUCCCAUGUGAACAGCCAUAUCGACUAGGACAAAGGAUUUUAGUCAAUACACCACUUCAAUCUGUCAGUGUUAUUUCAUAUAAAAAUAGCUUACUUCAUAAAAAUAAACAAAGACUUGGAUUUCCACCAAAUUUUGUACAUUCCUUAGAUGCAUCACAUCUUAUGAUGACAGCUGAAAAAAUGCUCAUAGAAAACAAUUUCAGUUUUGCUGCUGUGCAUGACUCAUACUGGUCUCAUGCAUGCAAUGUUGAUAUAAUGAAUAAAUUUAUUAGAGAUUCCUUUGUUACAUUGUAUAAUGAACCAAUACUACAAAAUAUCUACCAUAACUAUCAAAUGCAAUUAGGAAAACAUGCAACCAAAAUACCCCCUCCUCCGCAACAAGGUCAUCUAGAUGUGUCUCUCGUUCGACACAGCCAUUAUUUUUUCAGUUGA